GGUGGUGGUGAUGCAGUGAAUCAGUUCUCGGCCACGCGCUUCACGUGCGCUCUCCUUCCGAGACCUAAGAUCGUGCCGUCGGAAGUUGCCUCUUUCUCGGGGAGGAUCUCGCCUAUCCUGCCGUUAUUGGUUGACCUCGUGGCGAGGAUCGCGGCACGAUCACAUCCUCCGGGAACAGCGCGAUAUCAGGGCAAGGUUACCGUGCGCUCGCCACGUCCCCAGGUGAGAAGAAUCACCGGGCAGGCGCGUCGAGAGGGCAAGUCCGCACCUGGAUUCGCUAUCUCCCCCGGCUCCGGCGUAAGAUGCGAUCGGCGGCCACUCGCUCGUUACGUCGAUCGCGACAGUGCGGAGCAGCCCGCGUCGAGCGUCGAGAUUAAGACGGGUGAGGAGGGUGAGAUACUUGUCGUCGUAAUCGCGACGGAGGGACUGGCGCAACGAGAGCACGGAACAUCCCCGAUAACGCCCCCGAGAACAACCGAUCGUUCGCGCGAUUAGAGCGAGUCGCGCGCGUGCGGGAAGGAAGACCCGGACGUGCGGCAAGAUCGGGCGAUGAGAAUCUCCCCCCGGACGGCCGAGGAGUCCCGGAACCGUCGCCUCACGCAGCCCCGGACGCCGAGGAGGCCGCGACGUCGUUAACGGAGAAACGCCGCGAGGAUGUCGCUGCACUAUCCUCAGGGAUACCGGUACCGAUCCGCGUCGAGGGCGAUCAGCGGGGUCGGCGAGCAGGGCUCCGACAGCGACGUGGCGGAGCUCAGCGACCUCGAGGACGACGAGGACGAGGACGGAGCUCACAUAUCCGCCAACAGGCGAGCGGCCGACGAGGACGAGGACGGUGAGAACGAUAUGGACGACGAGGACGACGAUGAUGACGACGACGACGACGACGACGACGAGGAUGACGAAGAUGAGGACGAGGAGGAGGAGGGCGAGGGUCUACCCUAUCCAGGCUUCAUUCCGAUUGCUCUCAGAUAUCUCGACCAGACCACACGACCGCGCAACUGGUGUCUUGCGCUGAUUACUAAUCCGUGGUUCGAAAGGGUGAGCAUGAUGGUGAUUCUUCUAAACUGCAUUACGCUCGGGAUGUACCAGCCGUGCGUGGACGACCAGUGUGUAACGAAUCGAUGUAAGAUACUGCAGGUAGGUACUCAUAUCUCGCAGCAGCCGGUUGGAAAAAGAAAAAAAAAUGAAUGAAGAAGAGGAGCCAAAGUAAUCCGCGUUAUCUCAUUCGGAUUUGAGAAAGCGAAGCAUAGCGU